UGAAUAUACAGUAAUGCCUACAGUGUGAACCACUUCACUGGAGACAGAGAGAGAGAGAGAGAUAGAGAGAGAGAGAGAGAGACAGAGAGAGAGAGACAGAGAGAAAGAGAGAGAGACGCAGGAGAACGACACCGAUUUAUCCGAACUCGAGACGCGUAUCAUUUUAAACAAGAGGAAUAUAUAUUUAUUUUUAUUUUAUUUUUUUUCUUAAAGAAGGCUGCUUGUUUUCUCCCCCCUCGGAUAGCCGGACAUGCUAACCGUCGCUGAAGAAUCCGAUUCGGGCAAACGGACACGGUCGAGCCGUCGAAAUUUCUCCGCGUCGACAUUUUAACCAUUUUUUUUUUUUGGCUCAAAAAGAAAACGAGAGAAAAAAUAUAUUUGUUUGAAAAAAAAAAAAACUGGUAUAAUUUGUGAUAUAUGAAUAUAGAUACAUAUAUACAUAUAUAUAUAUAUAUAUAUAUAUAUAUAGCGUUAUUCUGUUGAGCCGGAACGAAGACAUAGAAAAGAGAAAGAAAAAGAGCUCGCGCGGAAUGUGAAUACAGCUCGUUAGCCUCGUUAGCUAUUUCUUUUCUCUUUUUUAAAUUUUUAUUUACAUUUAAAUGUUCUUAUUCUAGCUAUUCAGUUAUCUGUAUUUAAUCACCGACGCUAAUAUAUAUAUAUAUAUAUAUAUAUCUACCUCCGUGUCCGUUUUAACAGCGUGUGAAAGGGAAUAAGCUUCUUGACUUUCCAAUAAGUGUGUUUUUCUGUGUGUGUGUGUGUGUGUGUGUACAUUUUAGAGGUGUUUUUGUACAUAAUUUUAUAUCUAUAUAUGUAUGUACACACACAUUAAAAAAAAAAGAGAAAGAAACCAUGAACGCGGCUAGUUCUGUAGUUAUUAAUCCUUCGUUAUGGAAAACUGGCCCAGAGAGAAGUGAUCAGAUUGAGCUGUGAGCUGUGACAGUUUGCCUCAUCAAGUGGAUCACAUUGUGAUCUGUUGUUGAGUCGUUUUUGAUCCAGUAUGGGAUUUGUAGUCGACAAAUCGUGUGGUCUAUCUUAUCAGCAUUAAUCCCACACGGAAAUAAUCUACUAUUGUGUUCAUUUUCUCUCUCUCUCAUAUACAUGAUUUCUGUCUCUCUUUCUGAUCUUUUUUUGUGUGAAGCAGUAACGAUUCGUUCGAUCGAGUCAAUCGCUCGGGAUCCAGUGAAUCGAUCGUUUUUUACUGUGAACUUCUUAUAAUUCUUGGGAUAUUUCUACACCCCCCCCCCACCCCACCCCCCUCGCUCCCAUCAGCAUGGAUGUGUUUUAAAGCGAUUGAUCAGUGGUAAAGAGAGCGAACAGGGACAUUACUGGAGGCCCGUCGGAUUCUGAAGAAAGGAUCUACUUGUUUUUGUUUUCAAAAGGACCAAUUAUAUAGAAAUCUAUAGAAAAUGGGUUCUGCGACAAAACUGGCCUUCGGCGUGUUCCUCAUCUCCUGCUCCUCAGGCGCCAUCCUGGGACGCUCGGAGACACGCGAGUGCGUGCACUACAACUACGGUCCGAGCUCGGAGCAGCAGGGCAACCGCUCCGGCAUCGAGUCCUGCGUAGGAGACAAGGACAAGCGGCUGCACUGCUUCGCCACGUGGCGUAACGUCUCCGGGAACAUAGCAGUGGUGAAGCAGGGCUGCUGGCUGGAUGACGUCAAUUGCUACGACAGCACGGAGUGCGUGGAGAGGAAAGAGGACCCCGAAGUGUUUUUCUGCUGCUGCGAAGGCAACAUGUGCAACGAGAAGUUUUUCUACAACCCGGACACUCCGCCCAUACAGAGUAAGACUCCGAUCACCGACCGAAGCAGUGGAGUUUUUAAGGCUACGUCUAACCCGUUUACCCAGAAGCCACCGCUGUUCAGCACCCUCCUGUACUCGCUGGUGCCGAUCAUGGGCAUCGCUGCCAUCGCCCUCCUCAGCUUUUGGAUGUAUCGGCAUCACAAGCUGGCGUAUCCGCCCGUCCUGGUGCCCACGCAGGACCCUGGCCCCAUGCCCCCUUCACCCAUCCUUGGCCAGAAGCCACUGCAGUUGCUGGAGAUUAAAGCCCGCGGUCGGUUCGGCUGUGUGUGGAAAGCUCAGCUGCUCAACGACUAUGUGGCUGUCAAGAUCUUCCCUAUUCAGGAUAAGCAGUCUUGGCAAAAUGAGUAUGAGAUCUACAACCUUCCUGGCAUGAGGCACGAGAACAUCCUGCAGUUCAUCGGCGCAGAGAAAAGAGGAGCCAAUCUGGACUCUGAGCUGUGGCUCAUUACUGCUUACCACGAAAAGGGUUCGCUGACCGACUAUCUGAAGGCCAACGUGGUGACGUGGAACGAGCUUUGCCACAUCGCUCAGACCAUGGCGCGAGGUCUAGCAUACCUCCAUGCCGAUGUCCCUGGCCUCAGGGACAGACACAAGCCAGCCGUUGCUCACAGGGAUAUCAAGAGUAAAAACGUGCUGUUGAAGGCUAAUCUGACAGCCUGCAUCGCUGAUUUUGGCCUGGCCUUGAGGUUCGAGGCCGGCAAAUCUGCCGGGGACACACACGGACAAGUGGGAACGAGGCGCUACAUGGCUCCCGAGGUGCUGGAGGGGGCCAUCAAUUUCCAGCGAGACGCCUUUCUCAGGAUAGACAUGUACGCCGUGGGGCUGGUGCUGUGGGAACUGGCGUCCCGCUGCACAGCCGCAGACGGUCCAGUGGAUGAGUACAUGCUGCCUUUUGAGGAGGAGGUGGGUCAGCACCCCACUCUGGAGGACAUGCAGGAGGUGGUGGUGCAUAAAAAGCUGAGGCCUACGCUGCGCGAGUGCUGGCAUAAACAUCCGGGUCUGAGCAUGCUGUGCGAGACCAUAGAGGAGUGCUGGGACCAUGAGGCCGAGGCUCGUCUCUCAGCAGGCUGCGUAGAGGAGCGCGUGCUACAGGUGCAGCGCCUCGCCAGCAUUUCCGCCCCCGAUGACAUCGUCACCGUCGUCACCAUGGUGACAAACGUGGACUUUCCACCCAAAGAAUCCAGCCUAUGACUAGAGGAGAACAGCGUGUGACGUCACGCGGGCGAAGAAAAUGUUUUUGUUUUUUUUAAACGCAUAGCUCAGAGCUGCUAGCUCGAAAUCCCUGGUGAUUGUACCGUACACCGGGUUGGUUGCAGUCACCAAUGCUGGAUUUGACCAUUUACGUGCUCGUUUCAGCAGCACUGCGCGUGUGUCUGCGCGCAUGUGUGUGUGUGUGUGUGUAUGUGUGUGUGAGAACACUCAUGUCAUGGGGCCUUCUGGACAGGCUGAACAGAUUUCAAUCCAACAAGAGGACCUCAGGCGACACUCUCUCACAUUUAGCAACCGGACAGCAUCACACGUGAAGCUAUUGACUGGUAUUUCUUUUUUUUGUCAUCUGUGCAACAGAGAGAGAGAGAGAGAGAGAGAGAGAGCAUUUUCCCUCUGAGCAAAGGAGACUUUUCCUUUCCUUAUUUCAGUGUGAAAGAAAGAAAAAGGGCGACAGUACUUUCUCGAAACACAUUUGACUUGUUGCGAUGCCAAUACGAAACAGCUUCUGAAUGUCUAGUGUGUCACUGCUGUAUAUUCAACCAAGAGGGUGGGGGAAAAAAAAACAAAUCGAUUGUUUUGUAUCUCUGGAUUUCCCUCCCAGCGUUUCUGUCAAAUAACCACGAACCUCUCUCGACAAGGUAUACCUCAGUUUCUCAUCCUAAUAACAAGUUUGUUUUGUAACACUAUAUAAAGGAGAAAAAAAAAAAUACUAAGCUUUCCGUCGUCCUGCAAUGGGCACAGAAGCUUUUUAAUACGGGGGAAAAACC